UAGCCAUAAAAAGAAAAGAAGAAGAAGAAGAAGAAACCAUCCCCCAAAAAUCUCAGAACUUUCUUUUUGCCACUCUUCUGUUCCCAUUCUCUUCUUCUUCUUCUUCUUCUUCUGCCUCCUCUCUCUCGUGUUUCAUGUUCUUCUCUCCUCUCUCUUCGCCUUUUGGGGCUUCGACUUCCCUCUCUUGAUUGCACGAUCGUAUCGCCGAGGAGAGAGAGAAAGAAGAGAGAGAGAGAGAGAGAGAGAGAGAGGUUGUGUCAUGGGGUGUUUCAGAUGCAGCGGGAAGUCAGUGAAGGAGCCGGAGGACGUGAACACACGCAGCGGCGCCACCGCCGCCGCCACCGCCACCGCCACCUCCGCCGCCGCUGCCGUCGCCGCCAACAACGGCGACGGCGACAACCUUCAUUGCCCGGCGAAGAAACCGGAAGAUCGAGGUGCUCCGGAGACUGCGAAGGUGGAUGCUCGCGGAAAUGCGAAGGAAUCCGAGGUGGAGAGGCACGAGGUUGCGAGGGACGAUGACCAGCUGAAUAUGGACAUGAGGGAUUUGGGUUUGAGGGAUAUCUAUAAGGAUGCAAAAGCUAACGGAAAGCGGGCUCGGACGUUCACAUUCAGUCAACUCGAGGCUGCCACGGGCAAUUUCAGACCGGAUUGCUUUGUGGGUGAAGGUGGCUUUGGCAAAGUGUAUAAGGGGCAUUUAGAGGGAACUGACCAGGCAGUAGCAAUCAAGCAACUUGAUCAAAAUGGAGUUCAAGGCACAAAGGAGUUUCUUGUCGAAGUAACGAUGCUAAGUCUGGUUGAUCACCCUAAUCUUGUGAAAUUGAUUGGCUUUUGUGCAGAGAGAGAUCAGAGGCUGUUGGUGUAUGAAUAUAUGCCAUUAGGAUCACUAGAAACCCAUUUGCAUGAUCUUCCGCCAACUAGAAAAGGACUUGACUGGAACACGCGAAUGAAGAUAGCAGCUGGAGCAGCAAAAGGUCUCGAGUAUUUGCAUGACAAAUUGAAGCCUCCUAUUAUAUAUCGUGAUUUGAAAUGCUCAAAUAUUUUGCUCGGCGAUGAAUAUCACCCUAAGUUAUCUGAUUUUGGCCUAGCCAAGGUGGGUCCAAGUGGGGAUAGGACCCACGUGUCAACAAGGGUUAUGGGUACCUAUGGUUACUGUGCACCAGAUUACGCAAUGACAGGCCAGUUAACAUUCAAAUCAGAUAUCUACAGUUUUGGAGUUGUUCUUCUGGAGCUGAUAACAGGAAGAAAAGCGUUUGAUCCCAUGAAAGAGUCCAAGGAUCAGUACCUUGUUGCUUGGGCACGCCCCCUUUUCCGGGAUAGGAAAAAAUUCUCCCAAAUGGCUGACCCAACACUUGAAGGCCGGUAUCCUGUAAGAGGCUUGUACCAGGCGCUAGCCAUUGCUGCAAUGUGCGUCCAAGAGCAACCCACCAUGAGGCCGGUCAUAGGUGAUGUGGUCACUGCGCUGAAUUACCUUGCCUCUCAGAAGUACGAUCCAAGUACCCACUCUGCGCAAAGCUCUGGGAAGGCCACCGGCAGUUCUUCUUCUAGAACGAGAAGAGAGGACAGAGUAAGCAUUUUGGAUGAUCCGGCCUUCUCAUCUUAUGGAUACCAAAACUAGGAAGACUGCAUGACUUUUGGCCUUGUUCAUAUAUGAAAAUGCCGACUCCGUCGGUCUUCAUGGGGCGCACAUAUUAGGUUUGACACGUCAUCCUCAACUUCAAUACAGGUAACUCUUUGCCCUCCGAGCCCCCACUUCAUCCCCCGUGUACAUGCGAGCUGAGUUUUGUAUGUAAUUAAAGAUUCCUCUGUGAAGAAAGGAGCUGUUUGUACCCUUCCAUUUAGUUGGAAAAAAAAAAGCCUCUAUUCUUUCCUUACAUUGUUUUGCCAUGAUCUGAGACACAUUGUGCUGAAAUUUUUUAAUCCAGACACCGAGAACUCAAUAUUCGACCA